AUGAUUUCCAAAGUACAUCUGUACAUUACCUUAGCUCUUUGCGCAAAAUGUAUUUUUGCUGUAAAGACAUAUUCGAGAUUCGGGACAACUGGUGGCAAUCCUUGCGAUUAUUGCAAGGAACACAUUGCAUGCAAUAGCACUUGGAACUUUUCCAAAAAUUGUUAUGCCAAUGCAAAGUUCAUUACAAUGACACAAAAAAUGCGUAACUUCAUAUUGCAAAUUCACAAUAGUUAUCGCAAUAAAUUGGCCGGUGGCAAUGUGAAAGGUUUCGAUCCGGCCAAGCGUAUGGCCUCAAUGAAAUGGAAUAUGGAAUUUGAAUAUUUGUCAAUGUUGAAUCUGCUGCAGUGUCAAAUGAAACAUGACAAGUGCCGUCCAACACCACGCUAUCGUUAUGUCGGACAGAAUUUGGCAUAUUUGUUCUGGGAGAAUUUGAAUCUAACCACGGAGUGGAUUGUGAAAUUUCUAAUUACCCAUUGGUUCGAAGAAAACAAAUAUAUGACAAUGAAUGAUAUUUUCAAUUUAACCAAACGACCAGAGGGGGCCCCUUUGAUAGGCCAUUUUGCAAUGUUCGCCCAGGAACGUGCUAACGAAGUUGGUUGUGCUAUUUUGCAGCAAACUGCCACAAAUGGUACCAAUGAACUGUACUUGGCUUGUGAUUAUUCGUUUACGAAUUGGUAUCAAAUACCCAUAUACCGGCCUGGAAAACCAACAAGUGCCUGCACAACGGGCCCGCAUCCUGUUUAUAGAAAUUUGUGUUCGGAAAAGGAAAUUUAUAACAUCAACUCCUAUAAAUAUUAAUUUAAAGGAAAUUUAAUAAAAAUUAUAAUUACAUG